UUAGAGACCGGCCAUAUUAUCAUGGAGAAUUCAGCAAAAGAAAACGCUCAGUUGUUCUCAAAAACCAUAAUCCUGCCAAUUGACAGGUCUUCAUCUAAAUCUGAAUCUUCUGCUUCCAAGGAGAAACAAACGUGCUGUGGAGGUAUAAAGAUAUUUCUUGGCGCAUUAUCCUUUGUUUACUUCGCUAAAGCAUUGUCAGGAAGUUAUCUAAAAAGUACCAUCACCCAAAUAGAAAGAAGAUUCGAUAUCCCUUCUUCUUUGGUUGGUGUUAUUGACGGCAGCUUUGAAAUUGGGAAUCUCCUAAUCAUAAUUCUUGUAAGCUACUUUGGAGCGAAACUUCAUAGGCCAAAGAUAAUUGGAGUUGGUUGCCUAAUAAUGUCAGCUGGAACCUUUCUAAUUGCGAUGCCCCAAUUCUUUAUGGGACGCUAUAGGUAUGAGAUAUUUUCUUCCUCCACCAAUUCUACUGUCAGCAUCUCCCCAUGUCUACAGGAUAAAAGCCAAAUACCACUCUCAGGCUUAGAAAGGUCUCAAGCCAAAAUAAAUGCAGGAUGUGAAAAAGAAGUUGGAUCGUCCAUGUGGAUCUAUGUUUUGCUGGGGAAUCUUUUGCGUGGGAUAGGGGAGACUCCUAUCCAGCCUUUGGGAAUUACGUAUAUUGACGAUUAUGCCAGCGAAGAGAGUGCUGCUUUCUACAUUGGGUGUGUACAGACAGUUGCAAUUAUAGGCCCAAUAUUUGGUUUUCUUUUAGGAUCCCUCUGUGCCAAACUAUAUGUUGACAUUGGCUUUGUAGACUUGGACAGUAUAACAAUAACUCACAAUGAUGCCCGAUGGGUAGGAGCUUGGUGGCUUGGUUAUUUAAUAGCAGGUGUGUUAAGUGUUCUGGCUGCCAUCCCAUUCUGGUUCUUACCAAAGCACCUGCCAAGACCAGAAAGCAGAAAGGAUUCCAGUACCUCCUCUGAGCAGUCAAAGUUCAUUAUUGAAGAUAACAGCGAGCAUCACCAAUCUUAUGAACAGCAAGUAAAGAUACUUGAAAUGGCGAAAGAUUUCCUGCCAUCAAUGAAGAACCUCUUCGGAAAUCCAGUUUACUUUCUAUAUUUGUGUGCAAGCAUCAUUCAGUUCAAUUCUUUAAUUGGCAUGGUAACAUAUAAACCAAAAUAUAUUGAGCAACAGUAUGGGCAAUCAUCUUCAAAAACGAAUUUUGUUAUAGGUCUUAUCAACAUUCCUGCUGUGGCCUUUGGGAUAUUCUCAGGAGGACUGAUCAUGAAAAAAUUCCGGAUUAAUGUUUUGGGGGCUGCAAAGCUAUCCUUGGGAUCAUCCUUCUUUGGUUACCUCUUGCUACUUUCAUUAUUUGCAAUGGGCUGUGAGAACUCAGACGUGGCAGGACUGACUGUGUCUUAUGAAGGAAUGAAACAGGUCUCUAGCUAUGAAGAAACCCUCUUUUCUGAGUGCAAUUCGGGAUGCAUAUGUUCAAAAAAUGAAUGGGAUCCUAUAUGUGGGGAAAAUGGAAUCACCUACGUGUCGGCGUGUCUUGCUGGUUGCAAAACAUCCAAUGGAAGUGGAAAAACCUCUGUAAGAAACUUUUCUAUCAUCAUUUAUGAUGCUUUGAUGGGGCCUGAUUCACUAAUUUCUUUGAACCUUUGUGUCAUCAUUUGCACUAGUACAAAGUGCAUUAAACCACAACUAAAAUCUUUUGCGCUCGGUAUUUAUACCUUGGCAAUAAGAGUUCUUGCAGGAGUCCCAGCCCCUGUGUAUUUUGGAGUGUCAAUAGACACCACAUGCUUGAAAUGGGGAAGCAAAAGGUGUGGGGGAAGAGGAGCGUGUAGACUAUAUGAUUCUAAUGCAUUUAGAUACAUAUAUUUGGGAUUAACCGUGGUCUUGGGCACCAUGUCCGUUUUCUUGAGUAUUGCGGUCCUUUUCGUCUUAAAGAAAAGGUAUGUUCCACAAGACGAAAACAUCGCAGCCAAUGGAGGGAGAGGAAUGGUCUCGGUGCAAAACAGAAAAGAUAAUUUUGUCAAUAGCGACUAUUUAAUUCAGACAACCUACUGGCCAGAAAAGGAAACUCGACUUUAGGAAAAUGGAUUUUUUCAGGGGGAUUUUGACCAGCAGGGGGAGUUCCAUACAGAAAUCCGUCAUAAGUGAACAUGUUUUAGUGGGUGGAUGUAAUUGAGCAUCCAUUUUGAAAAUGUUCCCCUUUAUGCAAGUUUGACUGUAAAUACCAAAA